UGAACGUUGGGGGGCGACCUAGGCUCGGGCGGAAGCGAAACGGCAUUUCCGGUGCUCAGCGGGGCGGCCAUUUUUUUGUGUAGAGCGGCGGAGGCCGUGCUGGGGUGUCACCAGGGGGAAGUAAGGAGACGGUCCCUGAGCGGCGGAGGCGGAGACGAGAGCGGCGGCGGCACAGCCUGAGCAGUCAAAGCCAAAGGACUCUUCAACCUAAUGCUAUGAAUGUUAAGAAGAGUCAAAUGGAAGAGAAGGCUGUUCAUUCGUGGUCACGGCUCUCCUCCGCUGGGAAGAGCGCCUUCGAGGAAGCUUUGAGAGUCUUUAAUCCAAUGUCAAAAGAUCUGACGGACACAGAGACGCAGCUGGUGACUUUUCUCCAAGGCCUGCGAGAAGAUGGAUAUCAGCCUACUAUUCUGAGCAGCAAAGACGUUUACGGAUACAAUUCAACCACAGCAGACACGCCCCCGCCACCACCGGUUGGACUAAAGUGUCCUCCAAAAAAUGCCUCGACAGUUUCCUCCUCCAAAUCUCACUCGAAAAACCAGACUGGCAAACCGACCAACCCAAAAGUGGACCUUUCUGUCAGCACCGCUAAAAUUUCCAACAAGCACCCAACAAGAAACUCUACGAACUUACUGUUGAGGUCGCUAAGACGUUCAGACUCUGAGAAGACAAAAGGCUCAUGUGUCCAGUUUCCUUCCAACAUGUAUCCCGGAGUGUUUCCCGACAUGAGAUUAUCUGUGGUUUUAGAGGCAUUGGUGCCCUUUAAAGCAACCGCCUCCUCUCUGGCGAGCCUUAAGGAACAGCCUCUUGUCAUUGCAUCGAAGCAAAACGGUAAGGGAAAGAACGGCAAAGCCUACCAGUCCUUAAUGAAAGAGACCUCCCUUUUGAAUGGGAUAAACGGCAAAAUUUUGAAGGAGAACGAUGCCUGCAAGGCCUUUGAGAUUUUGAACGGGCGAAUCCUUGUAAAUUCUCGCCCACUCUACAACGGCAUGGCCCAAGCGAAACGCAACUCGAAAGCGCAGGCGGCCAUUAGCAACAGAGGGACAAAGCCGCAGCUGGGGGACAGGGACAAAAAACGGAAACUCAGCGAGGGCUCCGACGAGGCACCCUUCAGCAAGAGGAUAAGGAUAACUCUUCCCUUGGUGAAGAGGUCACCGUUUGAUAAGGACAAAUAUAACCUGCUCAAGUCCACAGUCAUUAAAAUAGACAAAAGGUCUUCGGAUGAUGAGUUACGGAGGAAAGCGCAGCGAAUCCUACGGUUGAACCUUUCCCCAGUUCUCCGAAUCCAGCCUUUGUUUGUCAUCCUCCAAUAAAUUGGGCCUCGGCCUCUUCUCUGAAGUAACUCCUUGCUAUUCUUCUCCACACUUCCAUAUGUUGGGAGCUGAGCAGAUGUAUUACGAUUUCCACACAUGAAAGCUGCUGAUAGUUUGAUGUCCUUCUUCUCCUUUGUUUCCGUGGCCAUUUUUGUCACUUUAUUUUUGCAGUAUACUUGCGCGCAAUGCUACAGAACAGCCAGCCAUGUCUUCUCAGAAAUGUUUCGGGAGGGGGUGAUCGAACGCCGGACAUGGACUCUCCGUCUCUUUUUUUCGAUACAUGGCAAUAUGUAUAUUUUGUGCAAUAGUUAAGACCUAUUUCCUAAGGUAUAAUAUGCACUGUGAUUUUGCUUCUCUGUAUCGUUUUGAUCAAUUUGGCGAGGGACUGUUGUACAGUUUUUAUUUUUAUGAGAGACUUUUACGGUUUUGGCGAUUUUUGUCAGAGCCACUUGAGUUUCAGAAGGAGUUCUUGGAAUAUCUGGAGUCAUAGCCUUAUGAGUUCAGAUCUAUUUUUUUUUUUAUUGUAAUGUUUAGCUCGGUCUGUGUAGGCUACAGAAGAGAAUUUGUUGAGCUCCUGACAUAUACUCCAGAAAGAAGAAGCACCAUGGAGCCCGGUAUAUCUCUGACCUAAAGGGACAGUGUCUUGGUGGCUCUUGGUUUUUCAACCGCAACCUGGUUCCGAACUUCAUGUGAAGUUUAUCUUGGGUAUCAAUGUUGGUUUAGAGCUGAAAUCUCACCAUGAAGGUCUAAGCUUGGACCCCCCCCCCCCCCCCACUGAUUUCUAGAGGGGCUCAGCGAUUCGAUAAAACUGCCCAUCCCCCUUUUAGUCACAGAUUUCCAUAACUCUGUUGUAACUUAAAUGUAGGGUUCCAAUGUCAUUAUCGAUAUCCUAUUUCCAUUGAGCAUCAGAGCACACUGACAGACCAGACGUUGAAUGUUGACUUGCUUUUCGAAAUGUUUGUGACUCCGUAAACCGUUUUUUGUUAAUGAGUGUGAGAACCUUUUUGAGCGGAGAUGGUACGAACCCAUGGACUUAUUCUGGUCACAGCACGUUUAGCUAUAUACUUUACAACCUUAUGCUUCAGGGCCUGCCGACUUGGGAACACAGUGGGUUUUGCCCAAUAUUUUAUAUUCCCCGUUCACUCUGCCGUUAUUCAGUGUCUGCCUUGUAUGAUGCCUUUUGGCUCCUUUCACUUUGCAAUGAAGAGUUCGGAGUCCGAUGCGUAAGGUUGACUUACACAUGAGAUGUAUGUGGGUGAACCUGACAAUUUUGAGAGGACUGGCUGGCCGUUUAGGGUACAUUCAGACGAUCGUAUGCGUUUGCGGAUCCGGAAAUCACGGAUACCGGCCGUACACAUGAUAGAAAUGCCUAUUCUUGCCCACAAUUGUGGACAAGUAUAGGACAUGCUCCUACCAUUUUUGCGGACCGGUAGUACACAGUGUGCUGUCUGCAUCUUUGGCGGCCCAUUGAAAUGAAUGGUUCCACAUCCAUUCCGCAAUAUUGCAAAACGGACCCGGACCCAUAAAUACAGUCGGGUGAAUGUACCUUAAAUGUGUAUGGGGGGCCUCUCCCCGGACAGCGGAUGUCUGGAUAUAUGCUGGCAGCAGCUUCCUCCACUCUCUCUUUUUGGUAAAGUCUCACAUCUCCGUCUGUCCUUUCUGGCAGGCUGCUCCACCAGUUUUUGUCCGGCCGAUUUCUGGCAUUCUUUGCCGGAACAACCUGCCGCAGAGGACAGGCGGAGAUCUGAAAAUAGCCUUACUGAAAACAUGUUCACGCUCGGUAUAUGUAUUGGGGGAGUGAUGACUGACACCCUAAUGUGCAGGUCCAGCCUAAACCUUCUGUCCUAAAGGUGGCCAUACAGCUUAGACAUCUGUCUGCAAAUUUGGCUAUACAUUUGCACGCUCAUCUCGGGUAAGGGGAAUAAGCAAAUAAUCGUAUUGCCUACGAAAACAUGCCCCAUCCUUCUUUCCACCUACAGAUGCCGCCAUGAGAGAGAUGUUGGAUCCCCCCUUCACCCUCUUAGACACAUUAGAUGUUUGUCCAGUCCCACCAAAAUUGUUGGAUUCGCCCGGCAUUCAUCUGAUGUCUAGGAGAGCUUUUGCCAGUAGGUUGGCCUCACGGUGACGCCCAUGAUUUGGCUGGGGUGUCCUCCCUCAAUGGGGUUCGGAAUAAUGGCCGCGUAUGACCUGUCUUAUACGUAGACUGUAUGGGAAGGAGUCUAACUAGCGCAGAGCCGAAAACCCCUGAGAUUUUUUGAAUUCUUUUAUAGUGUACCUUCCGUUGCUACAGAUCUGUACAAUAUAUAUUUUUCUAUUGUUUCCAUGCAGUGUUUUUUUUUUUUUUUUUUUCGUUGUGGUGUUGUCGCAGGCACAUACAACAGACGCUAUUUUGUGGUGUGAACCUCUACCGUGGAGAAUGUCGAGUGAUUGCGCUCCCCUAAGUUGACCCACAAACCUCCACCGCUGUGAGCAGGAGGCCGACUUUACUUUUUGGUGAUUGUACAUCAGGGGCGACAGGUUCAUCCUGUUAUAUUUUACCAUCUUCCUGCCAAAAGUCGGUCUGGUUGGAAAAUUCGGAGAUUGGAAAUUCCAGUUCCCCCUCACUCGUCACUUUACACAUUGAAGUUAUUGCCUUUUAGUUUAGGGUUGGACAAGAUACAGGAGAUUUUUUAUUUCUCAAAUCCUGAUACCUAGAAGCUGAGAUCUAGGGUGCUGUUGAGGUCCUUGCAUUGUAGAGCUGCAGGGUCAAAAAAUUAUUUGGACCCUGCAGGAAAUAUAUUUUAUUACGGUGGGGAGUGAAUAUACACUAAAGCUGGUAAUGCAGGUCAGUCAACAUCUAGUCCCUGACUUGUCUCCCCCCCCCCCCCCAUAUACCUGCAUGCUCUGCCGUGUGGUGAAACCCCAACAAAAAAAGUCAGGCAUGUUAAAAUCCAAGAUGCUUGAUCCUUGUUUUCCCUGACCUUGGUCGGGACACCUCCAUCUACGUUCUAUGUCGGCCAAACCUGCCCAUUCAGUGGGGAUUGGGCAACCGUGUUCCUACUUGUAUGGCCAGCUUAAUAAUCAGUGUUCCCUUUUGUUUUGUAUCCACAGGGACAGAUGGAGCAGCUCUACAGUGUGAGGACCCCAACAAACAGCUCCUCAAAUGUCUGCUGGGGAAAGAGAGAUAAGUUAGGGGAUUACAGGUUAUUUGAUUGAUGGCGUAUCCUUCAGAGUGGGUCGGAACCCGGGACCUAAAUCGAUCAGCAGAACGAAUGGUCCCAGCUCGUACUGGAGCACUGUGUGGGUCCCUUUAUUGGUUAAGCGUUGGUCCGCCUGGUACUCCAGCGCUUUUUUAUUCAUUUCAAAUCGAACUGCAAUGCUACAGCCCCCCCAUCGUUCGGCUGAUCAUUGAGUUGCUGGGGUCGAACCACAUCAGUCAUAUAUUGUUGGCCAUGAAUUGAAAAUCCCCAAAUCCCCUUGGCUUGCAGCCACCUGUGAAUAGAGUGAGUUUUCCUAUAAUGCCCGGGCCCCUCAUACUGGUCAUACCUUGCCCACUCCCCGGCACCGGCGUCCCUUCACAUGCCUCCACGGCCGCUACUUGCGGCGGGGACAAGCCUCCCCAGCAUCACCCGCGAUGCUAGGGAGACUUGUUUCCGAUGUGGCCUCCCAGUCGCAGGAUGUUUUGAUGGGGAGAUGCAGAGGCAGCUGUGCCGGCAUCAGGAGCAAUGCAGGUCCUCUGGAGCGGGGUAAGAAUGACCAGUAUGAGAGGCGCGGGCAUUUUGGGGGACAUUUCAGUGGUUGGAUAACCCCUUAAACUUCCUGGUCCCAUAAUGAGCUCUUGUCGCCAUCGUAUUGCCUUUUUUUUUUUUUUUUUGCUGCUUUUUUUCACGAGAUCAUUGGAAAACAAGUUAUGCUGUAAUUCCGUGAAAAUCACUGGAAUCCGUAAACCAAUAUCCUUCACGAUCUUAAUUGCUUUGUGUAAAUUAGCGCUUAGAAGAUAAGUUAGAGGGGUUGGCCAUUCUCAGACAUUGAUGGCAUAUCGCUAGGAUAUGCCAUCAGUGUCAGGUAGGCGCGGGUUCCACCGCUGGGCCGACGGAGAACACGGCAUGCAUGUGCUCAGCUGUUUUCAGAAGUCCCAUAACUGAAUGGAGGGCGCACAUGCAUGGCCGGCCACCUCUCCCUUCACCGCUAUGGUAGGGCUCAGCUGUUUUCUCCCAUAGCAGUGAACAGAGCGGAUGGUGCGUACUCCAUUUCGUGGGGGGCAUUCUGGAGAUAGAUGCAGUUCUCACCUUUGGGACUCACUCCAAUCUGACAUUGAUGGAUGUGUGAGAUGGGCCAACCCCUUUUAAAAGAUGACCGAUCACAAGAGUCUCUAUCUUCAUCCAUCCGUUUUUGUUUUUUUAUUUUUUUUGCCCAACUGUUAAAUUUUACAGAUUUUGUAGAAAAUGAUCACGAGUCAAUGUGCCAUAUACUCCCCGAUGAUGGCGUCAACUCUUCUACCAACUGCCAUGGUUUCUAAGGAAGGAGUGACGUCACUAAACCUGCAGCCGAGGAGUCUGCGCCUCUGUGGGGUCUAAUCCUAGUACAUGGGGGAAUUUUUCAGCUGCCUCUUUAAAAAAAAAAAAUUCAAUAAUUUUUCCAUGUCUUGGUAAGCAAACAGCAUUACAUGCCUUAUGUUCUAUUACU